AUGAGAAUCAAGGUGCUGCUGGGCCUCCUGCUGCAGGACCGCGGUCACACUCCUCGCCUCCUGGGCUUCUGCGGGGAUCUGUACAUGACGGAGCGCGUCCACUACGGGCCCCUGUACGGUUUGUCUCUCCCAUGGCCCCUGGUGUCCUGGGUCCCCAGCAGCAUGCAGCGCUCCAUGGACCAGUGGUUCACCCCCUCAUGGCCUCGCAAAGCCAAGAUCUCCAUGGGCCUCCUGGAGCUGGUGGAGGACCUCUUCCACGGCACCUAUGGCAGCUUUCUGAUCUGUGACCUCGCUGCGGCGCACUUUGGUUAUACCGACCGACACGAGCUCCGUCUGACUGACGCCCGGGCGGUGGUGUCUGAGGACGAGUUCAAGCGCACCAUGCGGGCGCUGAAGUGUGAGACGGACGCUGACUGUGUGUACGGGGUGGACUGCAAGACCUUGUGUGAUUUGUCGGAGAAACGAUGCAAGGAGGAGCCAGUUCAGCCCAACCUAGCGAAGGCGUGCGGCACACUGAAGGACUACCUCCUGCGGGGGGCGCCCUCAGGGAUGAGGGAGGAGCUGGAGAGGCAGUUGUACUCCUGCAUGGCUCUCAAAGGUAGUAAUGCUGGACAAAUGAACAUGGAGCACUCCCUUAUUCUCAACAACCUGAAGGCUCUGCUGUGGAGACAGAUCUCGCACACCAAGGACUCGUGACAAGGACGGGAAGUCACCUGAAGUCGGUUCCUCACACAGAGUAUGAAAGAUGCUGUGAUUUAGGAAUAGCACAUUUAAUGAAGUAGUUUUUAUUUACUCUAUACACUCUUGAACGGUCAGACUGAUGGAGAAUCUACCUCCUCUCUCCGAGCGUCAGAAGUUCGGGCCUGGAAAACAAGGCUAAGAACUUUGAAAUACUAAACUCGACUGAAUGUUUGCAUGUUACCAUCAGUCAUACUUAAAGCAGAUCAUGCAGCCACACUAUAUUGUAUUGUAUUGUUCACCACAGUGGAAUGUUUUUGGGGGCACUGCUGGAAAAAUGAAACGUCUCGCGCUGGGAGGCCAAAUUGCUGUUUUUGCCACUAAAUCAUGCAGGUAUGUAUGGCCUGAGAAGGAUUUAAAAUCAGGGUGUUGUACAAAGCCCCAGUUGGAAGUGUAAUGACACUAUUAUAAGAUAGGCUCCUUGACUUUGUUAUGUUGAAUGGGACAUAUCAUGAACAUCUCACUUUCCUAUUGCUUCUGCACUUACUUAUCAGGAAAGCCUACCUCCGCACAAACUGAGAAAUAAGAUAACCCAGUUAGACUCAACAAGUCAUUCAUGUUUGGCUUCCCUUCGUAUGUCACAUGUAGCCUCAUUAGAAUAUACUCCCUCUCCAGCUUUACAAGUACCUUUGCAAAGUUACGCCAUAUUCUUUUCGCAAGCCAAUUAAAGCAGACUUGGCUUUUUCAAGACGAGGUCUUAAAGAGACAGGCGCUCAAACGGACUGUUUUGGACAGACACGAAGUUAUUUAGAGUGACAGAAUGAGAAAAAUAAUGUGUUUGUUGAACAUUGAAGCAUGAAAAGAUGAUCGAUUACAACCCAUAAAACAAGUAAGAGCCUGAAAAUGAGCAUGAUAUGUCUCCUUUUAAAGUUGCUUUUGAGUACUAUAGCAUAAUCAGGGAGUGUACCUAAGGUUAAGAUAAGGCUGGUGGUAUUCCAUAUUUUCGUUUUACAGAAAAUUCUGUUAAAAGACCAAACAAAGGUUUAUUUGUUAGUACUACGCUGUCUUAGAGUACGACUUGGAGUAUAAAUCUUUAUAAACAGCUUGCGAAAUUGUACUUUCCCUUGUUAAAAGAAAGUGAUUUUGUUUUUCUCGUACAGACUAAGCUGCGGAUUAAUUCAAAUUUGGUGCAUUAGUGAGUAUUGAAAGCAGCAGGACAGUGUGUGGCAUCGACCAAAAUGAAACCCAAGUUCAUUCAAAUGAAGGAACGAAAAUGAAGGUCACCCUGCUGAACUACUUAAGACUUCCACUUUAGACUUGGCUACAAAGAUUGUACAGAAUGGUUAACUGCUGGUUUUCAGGGGUUGUCUUUACAAUAAUUAAAAUAUAGAAUAUCACAAGACUUCACCUUUAACACGUAGCCUACAGAUAAGUGAACAUUUAAGGAAAAAAUGAAAAGAUUUGUAGCAAAAUGAAACAAAGGACAUGUCUUUAUACAGGGUACAGAGUAGAAGACAGUCUAUGCCAAGAAGCAUUGAAGCUUUUCCUAAUUGUCACUCAUCUGCAUAAGGCCGUUUAUUAUAUUCAAAGUGGAAAACUUGAAGGAUAUGUCUGUCAGUAUUCCACCGACAACAUUCUGUAUGUCAGUGCACUUCACUGCUGUACAUUUCUCACCUGUAACACUAGUGACAAUAUUAAUGUAUUUCAUUUGUGAAUGUUAUUUACUUGUAUUUCUCACUACAAAGAGCAUUUUUAGUAUUGUGCUGUAUCACAUUUUUGGGGAUUUUGACUCGGUGCCAUAGAGAUCAUCCUGAAAUCAUUCACGAAUGUUUAACACCUGUGAUGGUGGAGAUCUUUAUCAACGUGUAGUCACAUCUGAAUGCUGUACAAAGAGGAUUUGUCAUGAUCCCUUCUGGAAGUUGUGAAGCUGCUGAGACCAACUCAACAUCCUGGCUUGUGUAACCACUCUAAAUACAGACAUGACCUGUAGCAUGUCGAGCUUGUGGUCAACGCUGCUGUUUGAAUUUUGAAAAUGUAAAAAAAAAGUUGAAUUAUUGAAGAGACCAGCAUGAUUUGCACAAUUAAACUACAUACCACUUC